GGCUGAAGGAAGAACACCCGCGCUGAUCCAUCUCGUGCCCCAACAGUAGCGUCUCGGACUGACAACCCGAUUGAUCCGGUCAUCCCCCGCCUUCACACUUUUUCUUACUCGAGUCGAUAGUCAAUUGCUGGAUUGGAAUUCUCGGACGGCGGAGAUCUACGCGUGUGCGUUUUCUAGGGAUCGGACGAUACCGUCGAACCCGUUUAAUCGACACCAUGGCGUCCCACACCAAAAAGGAUGACUUCUGCCUCGAGUGCAAUUGGGACGCCUUCCACCUCGACGGACAAGAACCCCAGGAGAGUGACACCGUGCCCGCAGCGACGUCGUUGAGGUGCCCCGAGGAAGAUCACCCCUCACGCGACCAGUGUGGUGACGAGGAUCCCUGCUGCGAUGCCGAUGACUGCUCGACAACGUGCCCGUCGGUCUGUGACGGGUUUGUCGAAUGCGAUCAAACCACGGCGUGCUCUGCCCCCCAUUGCGAUAAUACCCACUGUGACGAUACCCACUGUGAUGAUACCCACUGCGACGAUACCCAUUGCGAUGAGACCGGUUGUGACGAUGCGCACUGCGAUGAUGAUCACUGUGCCGGUGGUUGCAAGGAACCUAACUGCGAGGUUGACUGCAAUGCCGAUUGUGAAGCCGACUGCGAUCCUGACUGUGACCUCGCCUGCGAUACCAAUUGCGAUACCAAUUGCGAUACUGACUGCCAUACCGACCUGCUCUGCUUCGAUGGCCACUGCUUUAGUGACGCCCACACCGCCGCCCCGGAGCAGAGCCUCGAGUCCCUGUUAGGGCUGGGGGCUCCCUACGGUUUGGACACAGGCCUGCUUUCGUCGAACCAUCUAGAGCAGCCCCAGAACCAGUUGUCCGGGACCAACCCUCCAGCCGCGGGAGCGAUGUAUCCCCCGGCUGCACCUUUCGUUCCCGCUCCCCAGAAUUCGGUCGCCCAUUGCCAUCCGCACCCGUCCCAUCACCUCCACUGCCACGACCUCUACAAAGACCAUCACGGCCAUCUACUCCCAGGGACCUACCCUCUCCAGAACCAUGUCAAUCCGGCGGACGUGUUCCACAUGCUGGGGAUGUGUCCCGACGUCUCGACCUGCCAGGAUUUCCACGUCCAUGAAGAAGCCAAUUGCCCCGUUCAACCCGACCAGCCGGCGGCCGACGCCGCGGAUGCAUUCACCUGCUUCCACAUUCCCCAUAACCUAAACGAACUCUGCAAAAAUCCGGUACACCCUCCCACAAGCGCUCCCGCCGCAAAGGGACCGCACCGCUCCUAUCACCGGUGUCGUGGCCACGCACACAUCCACGCCCAUCCGUAUUCUCCUUAUUCCCGCCGCUCUCGAUCCAGCGUUAGCUCGCAGUUGGUGUCAAGCGCCGGCGAGACUCCUCCCCCGCUAGAUGGCGGGGGUUCGUCCGUACUGACCAGCCCGGAUUUCUCCCCGGCCGACCCCGAGCUGCCCGUGUGCCGGUGGAGGACGUCACACGGCGUCGGAUCCAUCUGCGGUGCAACCUUCUCCGAUCCCUGUGCGCUCCAGGAGCAUCUCGUGUCCUGUCACAUGGGGCCGGUCGACGGAGCCAAGGGUCCGGGCUACUAUUGCUGCUGGGAGGGGUGUCACCGUCCGAACGAACCGUUUUCGCAGAAGUCCAAACUCCAGGGACACUUUUUAACCCAUAGCAACUAUAAAAAUUUUACAUGCAUGGUGUGCGGGAAAUCCUUUGCACGCCAGGCUACGCUGGAGCGGCAUGAACGCAGCCAUCGAGGGGAGAAACCCUAUCGGUGUUCGGAGUGUGGGAAGAUGUUUACCGAUAGUAGUGAGCUGAAAACCCACUCGCGGACACAUACAGGCGAGAAGCCAUUCCGAUGUACCUAUCCAGGCUGCAACUUCCAAACCGGCGAUUCAUCCAACAUGUCCAGUCACCGACUCACACACGGAGAACGUCGGCAUAAAUGCAUCUUUCCACGGUGCACCAAGAGUUUUACUCGACCGGACCAACUCAAACGACAUAUCCGGUGCACCCACAAGGAAGACCCGGACGUGUUCUUUCCGUCUCCCACGCCUGACCAGUUUGCGCUGUCGUUUGCCAUUUGAUUGGACCCAUCUUUCCAUGCAUCCAUGAUGGCAUUACUAUCGUCUACCCCUACUUCCUACCUCCUACCCUCUUUUCCCUACCACCUCCCCACUACCCACCGUCAAAAGUUCCAACAACGAACAACCCCAACUGAUGAGAUAAAAAGAAGGGCGAGAUAACCGCCCAUCUACGAUACCCCAUGAUUAUUGUUCAUAUAUUAUUUUUAUUAUCUUCACAUGUAUGUAUGUAUGUAUGCAGUAUGUCUAUGUAUCUGCUACGCUCGAUCUACGAGUCGAUUAACUCGGGCGUUAUUUUAUCUUGGAUAUAUUAUGUGAUAAUUGUUUGAUCAAA